AAUUCAAACCGACAAAGAGUAAGGAGGCGGGGCUUGUCCGAAUGCGGGUAGGGAAGAGUGACUCCGUGACGACUCUCUGUGUAGUCAAAGCGUUGAGGCGUAUUUGGGGGGAAUGGAUCGGUGAACGAGAAGCUCCGGUUGACUCAGUUACCUUAAGACUUUUCUAGAAAGGCUGGAAACUCCCUGGCGCACGAGCGCGACCAGCGGGACUAACUGUAUCCAUAUGAGGCACGAGCGAAUAGAUCUAGUUUGCACUGGUUGCUCGCGGACGACUUUGUCGGGGCGCAGCGGAGGAGCACAAAGCCGCCGGCGGAGGCUCGAGCGCUGUGUUCCGGCUGAGAGCGGACUCUAACCGCGCUCCUCCUCCUCUGACAGACAAAUAAUAUAUAUACAUAAAUAUAUAUUUUGUACCGUCUGCUGCGUUUAAUUAUACAAUAGAGUCGCGGUGUUGUUGCUUUAUCAGUUAGCGUUGUGUUAGGUGACUAGCUAAACGUGAACGCUUUUAAACCUCUGGCUAGCAACCGAACUAGCCUGAUAGACUAGCCUCCUAACAACAACAACAACAACAACAGCAGCAGCAGCAGCUGUAUUCUCUCUGCUCUCUACAGCACAUGCAGGUAGGAAAGAGUGCUCCAUUAAUUACCUCGGAGGAUAUUUGAAAAUAAAACAUUUUUGUAGGUGUCGCUGAAAUAAAGCAGAACCUUUUGUGGAGCUCAGUUUCGGUCACAGUGAGCCAAGUGCACUUCCAGGCAGUGUUUUAAAACAGAGAGAGAGAGGUGUGUGUGUGUGUGUGUGAGAGAGAGAGAAAGUGAAUUAGAAAGUAAAGUUUUCAAUGAAACAGGGUUGAAUUUCUCAAAGGAAGACUAAAGCAGAGAGAGGAGAGGAGUGUUGGAGGAGAGAGCUUUUCCUCUGGAGGUGAAAGCUCAGCCAGGGAUUUCCCUCUGCCGUGUGUUGGCCCUUCCCCGUCUCUAAUGUGGAGGCCCUGAUCAGCCCCCCGGCGGCCCGCCAUGCUCAAGUGCAUCCCUCUCUGGCGGUGUAACCGCCACGUCGAGUCGGUGGAUAAGCGGCACUGCUCUCUGCACGCUGUGCCCGAUGAGAUCUACCGCUACACCCGCAGCCUGGAGGAGCUCCUGCUCGACGCCAACCAGCUCCGAGAGCUGCCCAAGCCCUUCUUCAGGCUUUUGAACCUGCGUAAGCUAGGCCUGAGUGACAACGAGAUCCAGAGACUUCCCCCUGAGGUGGCCAACUUCAUGCAGCUGGUGGAGCUGGACAUCUCUCGAAAUGACAUUCCUGAGAUCCCCGAGACCAUUAAGUUCUGUAAGGCGCUGGAGAUUGCGGACUUCAGUGGAAACCCCCUCUCCAGAUUACCCGAUGGCUUUACACAGCUUAGAGCACUAGCCCACCUUGCACUCAAUGACGUGUCACUACAAUCACUACCAAAUGACCUUGGAAACUUGGCUAACCUGGUAACCCUGGAGCUGAGGGAGAAUCUACUGAAGUCUUUACCCACCUCUCUGUCAUUCCUGGUUAAACUGGAACAGCUAGAUUUGGGCAGCAAUCAACUGGAAGUAUUGCCGGACGCACUGGGGGCUCUUCCCAACCUCCGUGAGCUGUGGUUAGACAGGAACCAACUUUCUUCGCUCCCCCCAGAUCUGGGAAGCUUGCGCCGAUUGGUGUGCCUGGACGUGUCAGAGAACCAGCUCACAGAGUUGCCCUCCGAGAUCAGCGGCCUGAUCGCCCUCACUGACCUGCUGCUCUCACAGAACCAUCUGGACGCCGUGCCUGACAGCAUCGGCUCCUUGAAACAAUUGUCUAUCUUCAAAGUGGACCAGAACCGUCUGGUGCAUCUAACAGAUUCAAUCGGCGAAUGCGAGAACCUCACGGAAGUCAUGCUGACCGAGAAUCUGCUACAGGCACUUCCUAGUUCUCUGGGAAAAUUGAAGAAGCUGACCAACCUGAAUGUGGACCGUAACCGCUUGAGCAGCGUACCCGCUGAAUUGGGUGGCUGUGCCAGUCUCAACGUGCUCUCGCUCAGAGACAACCGCGUGGGCAAGCUGCCUGCUGAGCUCGCGAAUGCCACGGAGCUACACGUGCUGGAUGUGGCAGGCAACAGGCUGCAGAACCUACCCUUCUCACUAGCCAAUCUGAACCUCAAGGCCAUGUGGCUGGCAGAGAACCAGUCGCAACCCAUGCUCAAGUUUCAGACCGAGGACGACGAGCGGACAGGAGAGAAGGUCCUCACCUGCUACCUGCUGCCCCAACAGCCUACCCCCAGCUUAGAGAACCUGCUGCAGAACAGCGUGGACGAAAGUUGGCCCACAGACACUAAUCUGAACAGAGUGUCCGUCAUCCAGUUUCAGGACCAAACCAAGGCUGAUGAGGAAGAUGAUGAGAGUGCAGCGGAGAAAAGGCAGGGUUUGCAGAGGCGAGCCACCCCUCACCCUAGCGAGCUGAAAGUGAUGAAGAACGUGAUUGAGGCCAGAAGAAACGAGGCUUACACAGCUAAGCCAGAUGAAGAGCUGGACUCCCCAGAUACUGAGGAGAAACGUAUGAGCGGAUUGUCCAAUCAGAGCCACGACUCCCAGGUCUCGAACAGCACUGCCUCAGCUAACUCUCGCGAAGAGACGCAGAAAGUAAACGGUAUCGAGGUGGAGCUUAAUGAAAGACACGCGCAUGAACAGGACGACGAGGAAGAGGAAGCCGAAUACACUGAGCCCACCGUGCACUUUGCCGAGGAGCCCAUUAUCCGCGGCGGUGACGAGGAGGACGACGACGACGAGAACGAGGAGGACGAUGACUGCGAGCAUAGCGACAAUGAGGCUCGGUCAGCGCCCUUCCCCGCCGAGAAACAGCGUCUCAUUCGCAAGGACACGCCACACUACAAGAAACACUUCAAGAUCACCAAACUGCCCAAACCUGAGGCUGUAGCUGCUUUACUAGAGGGCUUCAGCCCUGACGCCCCGACGUCAGCCCCCCGAACACCCAACGACGAAAAGGAUGGGGAUGAUGAAGAUGAAGAGGACAAUGAGGGAGCAUCGGUUAACACCCCUCUGUUACGGAGACUAGAGGCGGCUGAGCAAGAGGACAGCAGGCUGACUCAGGUGAACAGCUCGCUGCAGCCGGUGAAGGGGGUGUCAUUUGAUCAAGUCAAUAAUCUGCUGAUUGAGCCUGCUCGAAUUGAGGAGGAAGAGCUGGUCCUGAGCAUCCUGAGACAAACUGGUGGAUUAGGCAUCAGUAUAGCUGGGGGGAAAGGAUCCACUCCUUACAAGGGAGAUGAUGAGGGUAUCUUUAUCUCACGAGUGUCUGAAGAUGGUCCAGCUGCACGAGCUGGGGUCAAAGUGGGAGACAAAUUACUUGAGGUAAACAGGGUCGAUCUGCAGGGGGCGGAGCACCACACGGCGGUGGAGGCGUUACGGAGCUCGGGAACGGCAGUGACCAUGACUGUGUUGCGUGAGCGGAUGGUAGAGCCCGAGAACCCUAUCACCACUACACCCCUGAGACCAGAGGAUGAUUAUUUCCCCCGGGAGAGGCGGUCCACUGGCCUUCCUUUCAGCCUGGAGCCUGGAUCUCCUGCCGUUAGCACAGGCCCCUGCCAACGCCUGGCCACCUGCUUAGUCCGCAACGACAAGGGCUUAGGCUUCAGCAUCGCUGGGGGAAAAGGCUCCACGCCAUAUCGGACAGGAGACAUGGGAAUCUUCAUCUCUCGCAUUGCUGAAGGAGGCGCUGCUCACAGGGACAACAUCCUCCACGUGGGAGACAGAGUCAUAUCUAUCAAUGGUGUAGACAUGGCAGAAGCCAGACAUGACCAAGCAGUAGCGCUGCUUACCGGCACCUCCCCCACCAUCUCGCUGCUAGUGGAGCGGGAACAAGCGAGCGCGGGCGGCUCCUCGGGCCGAGGACGCUCUCACUCGCCUCCUCCUCCGGAGCCCUCGGACUCGCCAGAGCAAGAAGAGCCCGGAGAAGACCACCUUGGGAACCAUCUCAGCUGUCCUAUGGAGGAUGAGUACCCCAUAGAGGAAGUGACCCUGGUCAAAACAGGUGGUCCUCUGGGUCUGAGCAUUGUGGGUGGUAGUGACCAUGCCAGCCACCCAUUUGGCAUAAGUGAACCAGGAGUGUUUAUUUCAAAGGUUAUUCCUCAUGGCUUAGCCUGUCAGAGUGGAUUACGUGUAGGCGACCGCAUCCUAGAGGUAAACUCCACUGACCUGCGACAUGCCACCCACCAGGAGGCUGUCAAAGCCCUGCUCUCCAACAACAAGGAGAUCCGCAUGCUAGUGCGCAGAGACCCCUCACCACCUGGAAUGCAGGAAAUUGUCAUUCACAAGCAGCCUGGAGAGAAGCUUGGCAUCAGCAUCCGUGGAGGGGCCAGAGGGCAUGCAGGCAACCCCUUUGAUCCAACAGAUGAGGGCAUCUUCAUCUCCAAGGUGAGCUGCAGUGGUGCUGCAGCACGAGACGGCCGCCUGAAGGUGGGUAUGAGAAUCCUGGAGGUGAGCAAUCACAGUCUCCUCGGCAUGACUCAUACGGAGGCAGUCAGGGUCUUGCGUGCCACAGGAGAUACCUUGGUCAUGCUGGUGUGUGAUGGCUUCGACCCUCGAACCGUCGCAGGCAUGGAGGCAUCUCCAGGUGUCAUCGCAAACCCGUUCGCUGCUGGAAUUGUUCGAAAGAACAGCAUGGAGAGCAUCUCCUCGAUAGACCGAGAUCUGAGCCCAGAAGAGAUGGACAUCAUGCAGAAGGAGGUUGAGAUGGUGAGAGAGACGUCUCAGUGGGAGCGGGAGGAGAUGGAGAAAGUGGAGCGUAUGCGCUUGGAGCGUGAAGCGGCUACGCGUCUGCUGGAGGAGGAGACUGAGAGCAUGAGCACUGGACCUCUGAAACUGGACUACAAGACGUUGGCAGCUCUUCCCACAACCAGCCUGCAGAGGGUCAGUCGGCUGUGUUCUUCUUUUACUGAAUCCUGUCCCAUGGAGAGCGCUCUUCAGGCCAGGCCGUCUGGCACUAUAGAACCCCUGUGCUUUGAGAAAGCUCACGCUGCCCUGUACCAUGUAGAUGCCCCUAUCCUUCCCUCAUCCUCACUGUGCCCAAUUACGGCCUCAGCAGCACCCAAACAACCUGCAGCUAUGCCACAGGAUUCCAGUCCAGCACCCACAGUCACACAGGAAACACAGGAAGAGGAGUGUCUUGUGGACUCUCAGCCAAUCUGUUUCAAAGAAAAUCCCUUCCUGGUAGCUAACCGUAAGAGCAAGGGUCGUCCCCUUGAGGAGAGCAUCCUUUCAGGGCCUCCCACAGGCUAUGGCAGACAGGGGCAGCUUCAGACCUGGUUGUAUACUAAGGUUCCAUCAGCUGAGCCCCCAAGAAUUGACAGUCCUGUCCGGGAGCCUCUGUAUUCCCCAGGUUCUCAAUUGCCAUCAUGUCACCAGUCCUCGUCCUCAGCCCCUGUCGCACAAGGCAGGGAGACCCGAUUCGCAAGCAUUCAUUUAUCCUCCAAUGUGACUGCCAAGGACAAUUCAGCUACCAAGCCCGGUGCCAUCCAGCCUAUCUCACGAAUGCGGCCUCCUGCCUCUCCAGUCAGCCAGGACGGUCACAGUAGCCCCAACCCUUUCCAGCAUGGCCCUUCCCCCAUCAACUCCCAGACCACUCCUCCUGCCCCAUCCCCAGAUACUUUCAACGAAUUUCCCAUCAAUAUCAAGCAGGCAUAUAAGGCGUUUGCUGCUGUGCCCCACUCCACGGCUGUACUGGAGCCCCCACAGGAUCUCUAUGGUCAGAGGAACAACUUUUACCCAAAGCAGACAUUGCCAGAGCCAGAGGAGUGUAAUGAAGUGUUUAUAGGUGAGGGUGAAGGAGGGGUCCUCAGCCCUCGCCCCUCCCUCUCAUCUGACCGUCAUGAGUACAGGAAUCUGGCAGCUGUGCCACGCCUGUCUCGCCCCUUCCUGGAGUCUAAGCCCCCCACGUCCUCCGGGAGAGGGAGCCCAGAGCAGCGGUCUUUCAGAGACAGACAGAAGUACUUUGAGAUCGAUGUGAAGCAGCAGACACCAGACAGCAAACCCAAACCUCGUGUUUCACUUGUCGGAGAGGACGACCUGAAAAAAAUGAAAGAGGAGGAAGCCAAAAGAACUGAGCAGAUAGCACGUGAAUAUCUUCUGGAUGACGAUGAGGAGGAUGAAGAGGAAGAUUUGGCGAAGCAGGUGGCGCAGAUGAAGGCCCAGGGCAAGGUUAUUCUGGAUGGGGUUGAGUAUAAGGUUGAGCCUGCUGGUGGCCACUCUUCUACUCCUCCUCCCAGGCAAUGUGCCACGCCUCCAAACUACAGUGCCACCCCUCCCAGCUAUUGUGGAAGCUCAGGGACUUCCUCUGUAGAUGGUAGGGGUGAUUCCCAGCGCAAUUCUUUGGAGGAUAGCUUCAGACUGGAGCAGAGACCCAACUCUAUGACUGGUCUGAUCCCCGUGUACCCCGGCGAGUCCGCAGCUCCCAUCCGUACUGCCAAGGCUGAGCGGAGACAACAGGAGAGGCUGCGUGUGCAGAGCCCAGAGCUCAGUGUGGCUACAGACAAGGAUCUUUCUCCUGCAGAGAAACGGGCCCUGGAGGCGGAGAAGAGGGCCAUGUGGAGGGCAGCCAGGCCUUACGGUCUAGAGGAAGACGUUAGGCAGUAUGAGCAAGACCUGGCCAAGAGGCUCUACCAGUCGCGUGUGAGGGCGUCGUUAGACAGUGCUACAGCUCCUCCCUCUACCUGCUCCUCUUCCUCUCAGCCCAGGAUGAAGUCUUUAGAGCAGGAUGCUCUCAAGGCUCAGAUGGUCAUUGCUAAGUCCAAGGAAGGCAGAAAGCGAGGCACUCUGGACCAGUUAGCUGAAUCGCCGUCUCCUGUACCCACGCCUUCGCCCACUCCUAUGGAAGAUGUCAGUCCUCGCGUUGUGACAUCACCAGGUCGACUGUCCCUGUCAGAAAAGAAGUUUGACUACCGACAAUUCGCUGCCAUUCCUUCUUCUAAACCCGUAUACGACAUUCAGUCUCCAGAUGCUGCAGAUGUUCGAUUCAACAGUGACACCCCCUCUAGCCCAGUUUCCUGCGUAGAAGCUGAGGUGCCUGUAGCUCCCGUGGCCGCCACAUCUGCGCUGGAGGAGAUGGCUCUGUACAGCAACAAGCGUAAACUCCGACAGGGCCGUCGCAGUCUAGAGACAGCCGUUCCCACAUAAUUUCACACACUCACACACACACAAUACAGUUUUUAAAGAUAGUGCACAUUAGCUAGCGAUGCUACAAAACUAUAGACAAAACUAAAAUGUACAUUCACAGAAACGUGUGAAAGACGUUCAACCACUCUCGCGUCAUUGUCGAGCCUUCACAGCGAUAGUUUUUGUUUUUAAAGAAACACUACAGCUUCUUGUCUCUUGCACACCAGUCUUGCCUUUCCAGCUAACACUUAGCACAGAUGUGGAAGGCCUCUUCCUCUGUAGUGGACGGUUCAGGAGGGCCAUCAUACCAUGCAAGCUCCACACCUGCUUUUAUUAUUGUCUCUUUUCCUACAGUGUGCUUUUAACAAGCUAAAUUAUUUUUAGAUGAUAUUGAUUUGGGUGCUUUUUAAUACUUUCGUUUUAAACACCUGAUGAUAAUGGGGGGGGGG